UUCACGAGUGUAACCUGGGAUCUUUGCGUCAGCUGUCACGCAUACACGCGCAUACUACAGUUCUGUCUCUAUGCAAGAUUUGUUUGUCAACGGAUGAGUCUGAAAUUCUUCGGCUAGCGGGAACACUCAAAGAAUAGUGACUGCAGGUUGCUUUUAUCAAGCGGGACCAAAGCGACUCGGAGACAAUAAAGUUGUUUGACCAAGGUUCCUGUUUCUCAGAGGGGGACGAAAAGCAGUGUACAGGUUUUCCCGUUUUAUCGUUGCGGUCUUGCUAAUACGCAGUCCUUGUCGUAGUUUUCGAGCCGGCUUCAUUAGCUUAGCAAGCUAGUUAGCAAGUCAAGCAAAGGCUACGGUACGUUUGCGGAAUUGCACUUUAAGCUUGUCUUGGUGUCUUUAAUUUAGUUACUGCUCUUUUUUUGUCGUUGGUCCUUAUUUUGUCGUCACCCUGAUAUGAUAUUGUUAUGAAUGGCGACAGUGUGUAGCGUGUCGAUUAUGGCUUUCUUUAAGUGAUAUGACAGAUGAGGUGGUGCUGCUCUGAUAAUUAUGAGCAGUUUCAGCUUUACAUCAAAAACCUCUACAUUCGCCUCUUCGUUCAGGAGAGAAAGUAAGAGUCCGGCAAUCAGUGUUAGCACAGGCCACAACAAGGAGUGGGCAUUGGGUAGCGAUGUGUUUUCGUACUGUCACGAGAUGAGUUUUAUGGACGAUUCGAUGCAGGCAGGGAUGUCCUCAGUCCAGCCAGGACUGGACGGACACCUGCCGCUUUUGCAUGGCCGACACCAGGCUGCUGAGGACGGGCUGUUGUUUGACCUUAGCUCCCCGGAAAACUACCUCGACACCAGUCCACCGGACUACAGAGACAACGACGGGAACAACGCUGGUCCGCUGUUCGAGAAGAGGAAGAGGUCGAGGUCCAACAGCUCCAGACACAGGUUCAACGAGGUAGUCACGGAGCUCGUUCCGGAGGAAGUUCGGUGGUUCUACAAAGAGGACAAGAAAACAUGGAAGCCUUUUGUUGGACACGACUCGCUUAAUAUCGAGCUGAUGUAUAGGAAGUACUGCGAGCUUAACCCGGGUUUAGUACGCUCCCAGGUUAGCGCCGGAGAGGAGGAGAGCGCCGGUGCAGGUCCCGAGAGCCCAGGGCCAAACGGAACCGGGCUAGAGACCAGGACCAACAGCGUGGACGAAGGCCGCGGAUCUCUGGACACGUCCACCGUGUCCUCCGAUGAAAGGGACUCGCAGAGCAUUGAAGUCAACGUAGAGCCCGUGUGUGUCCGGGGAGGGCUCUACGAGGUGAACAUUAAAGAGAGGGAAUGCAACCCUGUUUACUGGAAGCAACAAGACCAUAUUCCUGUGAUGAGAGGCCAGUGGUUUAUCGAUGGCACCUGGCUUCCGUUAGAAGAAGAGGAAAGUGACUUAAUUGAGCAGGAGCACCUGAACCAUUUCCGCGGUCAGCACACGCAGGACACCUUUGAGACGGAUUUGGUGGUGAAGACUGUUGAUAGCAAAGAUGUUCUCUCCCGCCUGCCCCCUUUCUACCUUCCUUUUCUGUUCACAUGGAGUGGAUAUCAGACGAGUGCUAAAACUACAUGUCACAAGCGCAAACGCUGCCAAGCCAUCCAUUGUCUGAAGUUGAGUCGGACUCAUGUGGACUGGCACAGCGUGGACGAGGUCUACCUCUACAGUGAUGCAACCACUUCCAAAAUUGCACGGACCGUCACUCAGAAACUUGGCUUCUCCAAAGCAUCAAGCAGCGGCACCCGGCUCCAUCGGGGCUUCGUGGAAGAGGCCUCCCCUGAGGACAGACCUCCUCAGACUACACACAUCGUCUUUGUGGUGCACGGGAUCGGUCAGAAGAUGGACCAGGGCCGCAUUAUUAAAAACACUGGAAUGUUGAGAGAUGGUGUGAGGAAGAUGGAGGAGAAGCACUUUUCAGAGCACGACGAACAUGUGGAAUUUCUCCCUGUUGAGUGGCGUUCAAAGCUUACACUGGAUGGAGAUACUGUGGACACAAUUACACCAGACAAAGUCAGAGGGCUGAGAGACCUUCUCAACAGCAGUGCCAUGGACAUCAUGUACUACAACAGCCCUCUUUACCGGGAUGAGAUCACUAAGGGCCUCACACAGGAGCUGAAUAAACUUUACUCACUCUUCUGCCUACGAAACCCUGAAUUUGAGGAACGGGGCGGCAAAGUGUCCAUUGUGUCCCACUCACUCGGCUGCGUCAUCACGUAUGACAUCAUGACUGGAUGGGAUCCCGUACGCUUCUGUCUGCAGGAGCACCGCGCUGUCGAGGAGGAGCUGGACAUGCGCUGGAUGUCCUACGAGGAGAGGCAACUUUUGGAGCAGCUGAGGUUCACAAGGAAUAGGUUACGAGAGCUGGAAAAUCAGGUUGUCACAUUGGAGGCCUCAAAGCCCUCAGCACCCCCAGCACUCAAAUUUAAGGUGGAGAACUUCUUCUGCAUGGGAUCUCCUCUGGCAGUGUUCUUAGCUCUGAGGGGUAUCCGCCCAGGUACCAGCUGCCACCAAGACCACAUCUUACCCACCUCCAUCUGCAGCCGACUGUUUAACGUCUUCCAUCCCACAGACCCAGUGGCCUAUAGACUAGAGCCCCUCAUCCUGAAACAUUACAGCAACAUUUCACCUGUCCAGAUUCACUGGUGUAGUGCCACUAAUCCUACACCAUACGAUGAAAUCCGCCCGACUUUCCUAAACCCGGUCAAAGAUCCAGCAUCUGACACAGAGAGCAUUCCCAGCCCCAGUACUUCACCUGUGCUCCCACGCAAGCACUACGGGGAAUCCAUUACCAGUCUGGGCAAGGCCAGCAUACUGGGUGCGGCAAGCAUUGGGAAGGGCAUAGGAGGGAUCCUCUUUUCACGUUUUUCUCGCUCAAACAGCCAGCCUUCAGUGUCGUUAGGCCUGGAUGGAGGAACAAAUGUCGAGGAAGAGGAGCAGAAGCGCACAGAAAGCCAGUCAGCCUAUGGCCUCUCCAGCAUGAUUCGCCCCACCUCCCCCACAACCGACACAUCAUUGGAGCUGGAGAGGCGCAUCGACUUUGAGCUUCGGGAAGGUCUGGUAGAGAGCCGCUAUUGGUCGGCGGUGACCUCGCACACAGGCUACUGGUGCUCACACGAUAUAGCCCUCUUCUUGUUGACCUUCAUAUAUAAGCAGAAGGCAACACCCUGCGAGCCAGCAGAGGACGCUCCAGAGCCCGACUGAGACUCCACCUUUGUUACAAUACCAACUGACUAAAAUAGAAUGACUUUGGCCAAUCAAUUCCAAUCCUCUUGAUUCCACUAGUAAUCACUUUUUCCUUUAUUUUUCGUGAUGACUCAGCCUGUUUGACAUUUGGGAAUAGUUACUGAGAAAAAUGACUCAAGACCUGAUUCCGAGAUGUAUGUUUUUGCACACCCUAAGGGUGUAGGCGUUGGACCAGGAACCCGUAAAGAGGUGCAUCCUUUGCCAGUAUGACAACAAACUAAAUGCGAGCAUGGAAGAAGCGUCUCAGGAGUCCCAUGCAUGGAGGUUUUUUGCACAGUGGAAGGGAGCUGACUUCAUUCACAAGCUUAUGUCCAACAUUCGCAGCUUUCUGAACACGUGUCUAUCAGUUUGCUGUUAUCAAUGCGUAAAUUCAUCCACUCUCUCCCACACGCUCAGUCUGCAGCCUUGUGACACAUCUGCUUGACUUAGUCAUUGAGAUCUCAAGUUCUGUGUAACGUAACUGAAGCAAUGCACCUUUUUUAUUGACAGUACCAUUUUUGCUUUGGGGAGAAUGUUUACUAACAUAAAAAUAUUAACUCCAGUUGUCCCCCUUAGAUUCCACAUAAAGCUGUAUCGUGACAGGCUGAUCAUUGGGCUUUAACAAGGAAAACAUAGCUAUUUACAUAAUUUACCCUUCUUGAGAUCCUAAAUCCUAAAUAAAAGUCUGGAUUUGUGACAUUUACAAACCCAGAGCUAGCGCCCAAAACUCCAGUCAACUGAAGUCUGAGCUUCCAUAUUGAUCGAUUAUAUAGGUUUUUUUUCUUGAACGUUUAUAUUGAUGUCAAAAUUGAAUCAAUGGUACUAGAUUUAUUUUCUCUAAAAGGAAAAAGAAGAAAAAAUAUUUUUCAUAGUGAUAUUUAGACUGUUGUUGACAGAAACCUGGAUCUCAUCACUGGGAAACUGGGAUUCAGCCUUGUUGCCAAAUAACAUUCAUGUUUCUAUUUCUCUAGCUGCAUUAACAGAACUUUGGUUAAUUGUUUAAAAUUCAAUUGAAAAAAGUAGAUUUGUUUUAAGCAUAUGCAAUACAUUGCACAGAAAAGUAAAAUAGAUCUUGUUCACCUCCUGUGUGACUAAUUGGCACUUUUCCCUAGUAAGAAAAGCUUUGUGUGUCAGACGCCGGUGUAUUUAUGGUUAAAAGACCCCUAGUCAUUGAGGCAAACACAUUUAUUUAACAUUACUGCCUAUUUGACUCUUCUCUCAUCUAUUUAAAAAACAAUGAUAAUGUUUUAGCGUUUUUUUUUUUUUUUUUUGCUUUAGGUGUCAGAAGAUAUGUUAACCACACAGAUGGAGCGCGUAUUAGUUAUAGAUCAGAGUAAUAAUUCAGUAAAAAUUCCAAUGUUUACUUACUUGGCAUGGUCUCAAGUAAACACUGAAUGAUUGUUGAAUGGAAAACAGAUGGUGCAGCGUGCCAAUAAAUUAAGAGUCUUUGUUACCUGCAAAAACAGUCAUUUAGAAUACAUUUUCAAUGAAUCAAGAACCUGAACUGUCCUUAUUAGCAUACUUAUUGAGUCACAUGCCACUACCUAUUGGUCAAAUUAUUCAUCCAUCUUAUUUUGAUUUGUUGCAGUAUAAGAUGGGGCUUAAUUUCGACGGCAUAAGGGCUAUUGUUCCCUGGACCACCGAACAUGGAAUCACUUCACUGUUUAAUGUCUGUGUUGCGUUGCAAAGGCCUAUGUACUAAAACCAGGCUGCCUUGAAGAGCUGACCGAAUGGCUCACCGGGAAGAUGUUCUGAAUCUGGGAAAAAAAAAAAGAUGGGUUCAUGUGAGAAUGUUUGCACGUUCAUCAGCGAUGAGUUGCACGGGAGCAGCCCAGUGUAGAUUAUUAUUAUUAUUAUUAUUAUUUUUUAUCCUUAUUUUUUUGAGCGUUUAUUACAGGGAUGGGUGCAGGAAGCGCUUCAAACAUGCAAAGAGCUGUUUCACUGUUGCCUCUGCAUCACCCAGUCGUUCAGCAUGGGUUUCAGACACAGCACACAAGUACUGUAAGAGUGCCCGCACCACUGGGCAAAUAACGGCAAUCUUCCUGUUAUUGUUGGGGAUUUGGCCGUGUUUCCAAUCCGUAUGGGGAAAUCAGCACAUUUUCCUUUCUAACAGUUUCUGACUCAAGCACAGAUGGUCAAAUGUGUUCCCUCUAGCCGGUUUGGAGAGCACCACAGAGCAUUUUCAGAAGACACCUUGAAAAUGUGACCGUAUGACAACUUAAUGUACAGAACUUUGACCGAUGACAGUAUAUUUUUCUUGGUAAUUGUACCAUAAGCAUCAGGGAAAUAUCUGUUAAAUGUUUUGUAGGUUCGACAUUUGUUUGAUGUCGCGUCAAAGCCAUUAUCGAUUACAACAAUUCAGCGCAUGUGUCACUUUUAAAACUACAACUAAAACAGACACAUACAGUAUGUCUUGCAUAUGUGUAUGUUGCCAGUGGGGCGGCAAAAAACGCAUUAAAAGUUACUGUGGCUGAGUUAAAUGUGUUGAAACAGGUAACAUUUGCUCUAACUUUCAAUAGAUGUCUGGAGAAGUGUUUUUCCAUAGAGCUGUGCAAUAACUCAUGCCUGUAAUGAAUUCUAACUGCCAUCCAAAGCAAUGUAUUUAUUUCCUUUUAUUAAAGCAUUUCCUUUUGAAUACGACCAGUCGAUAUCAACGUGUCACUUUGUGAUGGCAG